UCCGCGUGGCAGUGAAGUACUGUGCUUGCUUUGUGUUCUUCUGGUCAUUCUUGGUUUGCAACCAGUUGUUUCUGUUCCAAUAAUUCGGGUGUCUUUUUUUAUGAGUCAUCAAAAGCAGCAGAAGCCAACGCUAACAGGCCAGCGUUUUAAGACACGGAAAAGAGAUGAAAAGGAGAGAUUUGACCCUACACAGUUUCAGGAGUGCGUUGUUCAAGGACUGAAUCAAACUGGCUCUGAUUUGGACGCUGUUGCAAAGUUCCUUGAUUCAUCUGGUGCCAAGCUUGACUAUCGACGCUAUGCUGAAACCCUCUUUGAUAUCCUGGUGGCUGGUGGAAUGCUGGCUCCAGGAGGUGCCAUAUCCGAUGACAUGACUCGGACUCACUUCUGUCUCUUUACUGCAGAAGAGGAUGUCAAAACCAUGCAGGCCUAUGCUCAGGUUUUUAACAAGCUUAUCAGGCGUUACAAGUACCUGGAGAGGGGUUUCGAAGAGGAGAUGAAAAAGUUGCUCCUUUUUUUAAAAGGGUUCAGUGAGUCUGAGCGCAACAAACUUGCCAUGCUCGCUGGCAUCUUGCUGGCUAAUGGGAACGUAUCAGCUUCAAUUCUAAGCAGCCUCUUCAAUGAGAACUUAAUCAAAGAAGGGUUGUCUCCAGCCUUCGCUGUCAAGCUGUUCAAAUCCUGGAUCAAUGAGAAGGACAUUAACUCAGUGGCUACCUGUCUCCGUAAGGUUGGCAUAGAUGGAAGGUUGAUGGAGCUGUUUCCAGUGAACAAGCGGAGCAAUGAAUAUUUUUCGAAAUACUUCACUGAUGCUGGCCUCAAGGAGCUCUCUGAUAUUUCCCGUAACCAGCAGUCCUUAGGAGCUCGCAAGGAGCUUCAAAAAGAGCUCCAAGAGCAGAUUUCUCAAGGGAUUUCUUCUAAAGAGAUCAUCGCCUAUUGUAAGGAAGAAAUGUUGAGGAGCAGCAUCACGGAGCAGAAGAUGAUUUGUAUCAUGUGGAGCAGUAUCAUGAGCACCGUGGAGUGGAAUAAGAAAGAGGAGCUGGUUACUGAACAAGCCAUUAAACACUUGAAGCAACACAGCGCUCUCCUGAAGGCCUUCUCUACACAGGACCUCUCUGAGCUCAGCCUACUGCUGAAGAUGCAAGAGUACUGUUAUGACAACAUCCACUUCAUGAGAACUUUCCAGAAGAUUGUCUUGCUCCUCUAUAAAGUGGAUGUCUUGAGUGAAGAGGCUAUUCUUAAGUGGUAUACUGAAGCUCACCUGGCCAAAGGAAAGAGUGUUUUCCUGGAGCAGAUGAAGAAGUUUGUGGAGUGGCUGAAAAAUGCUGAAGAGGAAUCCGAGUCGGAGUCUGAAGAGGAAACGGACUAAGUGACUAAAGCCAUUCUGGAAUGAGGACUUGCGGUUUGCUGUAGAAGAUUCUCCUGUAUUCUGAUUUUUCCUGAUUAUUUAAGGGCUUAAUUUACAACCUGCGUUAAAAUUGACAAAACAAACUUUACUUCUCAGUGCCAUGUAUGUUAGCUGCUAAAACCUUUCCAGGUGGUUUGUGAUGCAAUGUAUGAGUAAGCUUAUAAAUUACCGGCAUGGUAAAACUUUUUUUUUUUUUUUUUUUUCCUCCAUAUGAAUUUACUUUUUGUAGACCUUUCUCCCUUCAGGAAUUUAAAAACCUGAGCGCUUUUAUCAUUGGCUUUUGUUUUUUUGCUGACAUGCAAUUUUUUUGACUAUUGUUCACAAAAGUGUACUGUAAACAGCAUCUUGAUGGUUUUAUCCUUUACCUUGACAUCACUUUUUAUAAUAAAGGGAAUAUAUUGAAAAUAA